UCCCUCACAUUAACCAUACCUCACUCGGUCAUCAUUGGUUGCGAUUUUGACACUCCUCCUUUCUUCACUUUUUUAUUUUUGAAUUGGUCAUUCAGGGUGCCAUCUCGGAAUUUUCGCCGAUCAAUAACAAACAAAAAUAUAAUUUUACAGGUUACAAUCCUCGUGGUAAAUUCAAUCGUCUUGCGAGGCUUAUCUAGUUUCGAUUUUUUUUAUUUGGUGUUUUCUUCUGGCCAACGAUCUGGGAAGCAGUCUUGAGAUGUCUCGUUAUUUGACAGAUCCAAGUCUUUCAUCAACCAAUCAUCAUCCUACCCAUUCAACAAGCACUAGUCCGGCCAUGCUCCUCAAUGAAUACGGCCCCCGGAGACCAACAGAUCCAGCCGAAAUGAGACAACUGGUCCUUGACUACCUCUGUCACCAAUGUUUUGUCGAUACCGCCUCAGCCUUUGCCAGGGAAUCAGCCAAUAGCAGCGAAAAUCCUUCAGAAACUACCGAUGGACACGCAUCUAAGAGCUUAUCAGGAGAUAAAUCAAACCAAUCCACUCCGGCCGUCAAGGAUACUGUGGUCGAACGUACCGUAAGGUUCGAUACAGAUGAUGAUGGCGACGCAGAGAUGGGCGACUUGGCAGACACUUCCAGCUCAUCACAUCCUCUCCUCCACUCCAAUAUUGAUGUGAUCUCCGGUGGAAAUUCAGAGGCCACGCCAUUCCUUUCGGCCAAAGAUACGUCUAGCUUUCCUAGGGACGAGAUGGCUGAAAACGGAGAGAGUUGCUCGUCCAAUCGGCCGGCCGGCACCGAUCGCGCUGAUCAUUAUCCAGAUUGGACUGCACAGGACGUACAAACAACACGAUUACGACUAGCUAUCAAGGAACACAUCAUCGGCGGGAGGAUCAAGGAAGCCAUCAAGCUCAUCGAAACGCAUUUUCCGGCCGUCUUGGGCGCCCCUCUUCAUUCCAAGUCCAGUGGAAACCCCUUGCCUGGGAGCUCGUCGUCUACUUUUCAAAGCUCUCACACUCCUGUAGCCCAAGGUUCUAGCACUUCCAACGGCCAAGCUUCCAACACUUCGAACGGUCAAAUGUCGAGCCACGUCCUUGCCCAGCGAAAAUCUCGUAUCUCCCUCGCCAAUCGUCCGCUCAGGGGAACCUUAUCUUCACGUAGCGGUUUGAAUUCAUCAAGCAUGAGCUCAAGUUCACCCAAUCGGUCUCAAAAUAACUCGCGACAAGGUUCUUCAAAGAACAAUGAUUUGAACCCCACAUCGACCACAUCAUCUGAGAUGACUCCUAGUCAGAGUCGUCUUUCUCAUGGCGCUUUUGGCUCCUUGAAUCCGGCACACGUCGCCUUGAACUUGCAGAUCCAAUUCUUUGUUGAAUUUGUCAGAUCGAUCUCGCAAAGCCAGCCGAUUAACUCCAACGGCUUAGAGCAUGAUCACGAGAAUCACACUGCUCGGGGCUCAUCGGUCGGGCCCGGUCCUCCUGAACCUUCACACGCCAAUGGGAAGAUGUCAGAACAUGCGGUCCGCAGGCUUGGUGGUUCGUCGCCGACCAGUCAUUCCGGCGGCGGAGCAUCAAACGGGAUGGCCACUGAUCUUUCGAACUCAGUGGGCGCCUUAAGCGACGAUACGUCGACGACUUCCUCCAGUGUCUCGACUCGGACGACCUCCCUAGCCUUGUCCUUGCCGCAUUGUAGGGCCUUGCACGACUUCGUUCAUCAGCUACCCGAGCCCGUCGAACGUGCUAUCUUUGCCAAGGAGUUGGAGAACGUUGCUGGGCUUCUGGCCUAUGUCGAUCCUUGGGACUCGCCCGUCCGAAAGUAUCUCGAUCAAAGCCGUAGGGAUUUGUUGGCUCAUCGAGUCAAUGCUGCCAUCCUCGUCCAUCUGGGUAGAUCACCUACUUCGAUCUUGCAACUCGUCGCCCAACAAACUUGUUUCACUUGGUCGAUGCUCAAUGAACUGGAGGAACACAUCCCUUGUCCUACGCCAGAAGACAAAUCCAGAACAAAACCAAUCAAUUUUUUCAGCUUACAAGAGUUCAUUACUCUCAACGAUUUCGGUGAUGGACAUGGAAGCAGUAGCAAUACUACCACUGGCUAAUAACCGAAACUGCCCUCCCUCUUCAUCCGCCCCCCUUUUUUUCUUUAUUUGUUGUUUGCUUCUUCCUUUCUGAGCAUCAAAUCUUUGUCUUCUUUGAGGACCCAAAAAUCUCCUCAUACUUUUUACUUCUUCUUCUUUUUUUAUUCAGUGAUCGUUCUACCUAACUUGCCCUCUUAUUGAUUUUGUACC